AUGCUCCAGGAGAAGGCCUCAGCUGUGACGGAUGACAGUGUGACUGGGGUCCAGCCUGGAGGGCCCCCAGAUCUCAGCCCUGACUCCUCACACUUGGGCCUGCCUACAACUCCUAGCACCCCCCAGGGCAAUGAGCCAGACCAGAAUAUUGAGAACAUCAAGGUUCUUCUUCAUGAGAGGGAGCUGUGGAAGAAGUUCCAUGAGGCGGGAACAGAGAUGAUCAUAACGAAAGCAGGCAGGAGGAUGUUCCCCAGCUACAAGGUUAAAGUGACGGGCAUGAACCCGAAAACGAAGUACAUCCUCCUCACAGACAUUGUCCCCGCCGACGACCAUCGCUACAAGUUCUGUGACAACAAGUGGAUGGUGGCAGGCAAGGCGGAGCCAGCCAUGCCAGGGAGGCUCUAUGUCCACCCAGACUCCCCAGCUACAGGAGCCCACUGGAUGAGGCAGCUGGUGUCCUUUCAGAAGCUAAAACUCACCAACAACCACCUGGACCCCUUUGGGCAUAUCAUCCUGAACUCGAUGCACAAGUACCAGCCUCGGCUCCACAUCGUCAAGGCCGACGAGAACAACGCCUUUGGGUCUAAGAACACAGCCUACUGCACUCACGUGUUUCACGAGACAGCCUUCAUCUCUGUCACCUCCUACCAGAACCACAAGAUAACUCAGCUGAAGAUCGAGAACAACCCGUUUGCCAAGGGUUUCCGUGGCAGCGACGAAGGGGACCUGCGUGUCUCCAGACUCCAGGGAAAAGACUACCCAGUGAUUUCUAAGAACUUGGUUCGCCAGAGGCUCCUCUCCUCACAUGGUCACCGGACGGGGAAGCUGGGAGCUGGGGUGCACCUGUCGGGGCACCCCCAGGUCCUCUCCCACUACCAGUACGAGGGUGGGGUGCCCCUGGGGAACUCAGACCACCAGGAACACAUCUCCAAUUCCUUCCCUCCAAGCCGAGAGCCCAGCCUGCUCUACCACUGCUUCAAACACAGAGAUAACACCAGGCACUUGGAACUGGGUUGUAAACGGCCAUAUCUGGACACAGCACUUCCAGCAGUCUCAGAGGAACACUACUUCUGCUCUCCUCCCACCUACGAGCCUCCACUGCUGUCCCACCCCUAUUGCGGUGAGGCCAUAAGCUCCAGGGAGGCCUGUAUGUAUGGAGGGAUGGAGGGAGAGAACGGGCACGGGGCUGGGGGUGCUGACGACCUGGCUCCCCCCUCUCUGAACUGCAACAUGUGGGCGUCGGUGCAGCCUUACCCGCGGUACAGCGUGCAGACAGUGGAGGCUGUCCCCUACCAGCCCUUCACUGCUCACUUCACCAGUACUGCCACCGCCACCUCCGUGGUGCCCCACCACACCCCCACCGGACCCCCUCGCCCCCAGUCCGACAUAGGAAUUUACAGUCCAGCCACAGCACAGCGAGGCCUGGCCACCAUCCCCUCGUCGUCCUCCAUCUCGUCUUCCUCUCCACCGGUUCCUGGUUCCAGGGGUAGCAGGCCGGUGGUCCAUCCUCCUCUGUACCACAGGAAGCCUGGGUCUCCUCUCCGUCCUCACAGGGAGUUCUCAGCCUUCCCAACACAGAGCCCCCCAUCCAUCCGGGACCCGUCCUACCAGUACCAGAUGGGGCAGAGCAGUGUAGGGGCCCACUGGAAUGAUAGCUAGGGCUAGGGAGUGCUGUGUGGCUCCUGAGGCAGCGGCGAUGUCCACCCAUCCGGUCAGUUCAGAAUCAGCCAGCCAGCCAACUUUGAACUGCAUGUGAGGCAUCUGAAAUUAGAUUAUGUUGAAAUACAGCCAUGAUGACCAUGAUGAAGCCAUAGUAGUUUAGCAUGAGGAGAAGCAGAUCAGAGUGACCAAACUCCAAUAGAAGCCUACAUCUGCCUAAAAGAUCUGCGCCUUCAGAUCCAUGUUGUCCUGACUGGAGGAGCAUUGUGCCUGUGAUGAUGAUAAUGAGUAUUCCAGAGGAAGAACCCCUCUAUAGAAUUAUGCAAAGCUUGCCAUAUAAUGGCUUUAAAAAAUCAUCUAAAACGUUCAAUGUCAAACUGCCAAAAGGAGAUGUGUUCAGCAAAGUGAAAAAUAUCCAUUAUGCCUUUGAAGUAGUGUGUUUAUGGUAAAGAUGGACAAGUACCAGUAAUGAAUUGAUUAAGGUUUCUAAGAAAAACAUUUCAAUGCAAAACUUGAUCAUAUUAUUAUCAGCAAACGAGUGAGUGGGACAUGGAUGUGUAUGUGUAAAGAGAUUGAAGUAACAGGCCAAGUGUUUUGUUGAAACUUUGAGUAAAGCCUUCAUUUAAUUUUGCCAUCUCUGCUUGUAUUGAGAUACUUUGCCAGUUAGAAAUCUGUUGAACUUGUAAACAUGGGCUGCAGGUAAACUACACAACAAGCCCACCCAUGCAGUCCAUUUGAGCAGAGCUUAAGUGUGUGUAGUUCUAGAUCUCAUCUUCAACCAUACUCCUCUGCUAGCCAUAUUGUAAGCUAGCGUGACACUACUAAGCAUGAAGCCAAACGGCCCUUAGUUAGCGGUAACCCAAGUCUUUGAACCACAAUAGGGCAGUAAUCGCUUAGCACUUUGGCUCCAAACCUGCGGUCCGUUCCGAAGCAGCCUUCCCGCCUGUUGAAGUGAGACUUCAGAGAAGGUCCCUGGCCAACCAGAUGGGAGCUUAAGGAAUCAUUGUUAAGCCAACACUAGUGCAGAACACAGAGCUUCUCACAAAUCCCAGCCCCAAAUGACUGCGUUGGAAAAAUCCUUACAAGACUGCAAAUGUAAAACAGCCCGAGUGGGGCGGGCGAGGAGCCACAUUGUGAAGUCAAGCUGAGCUGAACUGAAGUAGGGACGACUGGGUAACAUUCAGCCCGGCCUGUCUGACCUUGACAAGUAGGAAUGGGUAAUAACAGAACAAUAUGGUGGGUCUAUUACCUAGCAGACCCACAUUAUCUCUUCAUUAUUACAUUUGUUUUCUCGAUAUAACUUCUUUGAAUAUUUCUUUCUCCCAAACAUGAUG